UUGUCUGCAAAAAACACAUAAUUGAUGUUACGACAGCAAUCCAAAUUUUGCAAAACCACUCCACCGGACGAUCUGUAUCUGUUUUACUAUCAAUCAAAUUUGUGUAACUAAUUACUUAUAUACAAAAACAUCGACCAAAUCUCUCAGUCUGUCAACCCUUUUUUUUUUUCCUCCAAAAAAUCUCAAGUGGUUUCCUCUCUUCAUCAGUAUUCAUUCACAGGCCCUCUUAGUCAAUGCACCGACUCGUCCUCCUUCCCCCCUUCUUCUGUGGAUCUUGAUUUGCUUCUCUCUCUCUCUCUAUUCUCUCUCUCUCUCUCUUUCUGUUCUUGUUUUAGAAGAUGGUGAGGCAGAGAGAGUUGGUGUAACAGAGCUCAGAAGAUAAAAACAGAGCCCAAAAGAAAGAGAGAGACAGAAAUUCAGAUAUGCCGCAGGACGGUCGGAGAUCGGUCGGGUACAGACCCUUUGUCACUUGCGAUGAUCCGAAAGGGGUUGUGGAAUGUGGGACAAUCAGAAAGUCCAACAAGUGUAAUUAUCGGAAGAUGGAACCGAGCAGUGAAGCCCGAGUUAUUAGGCCGAAGAGCUCGAACAGAGCUGUUCAUAGAGGGGAGCUCGGUCAGGCCUCCUUCCAGCUGUUGGAGGUCUCUAAGGGGGCUCAGAAGUUGAACCACAUGAUCGAGUCGUGGUCUAAGGGGAUAACCGCUGAAGGGCAACCGAAGGACUUAGCAAAGGAUCUGCUCAAAGGGGCUCUCGAUCUGCAGGAAUCAUUGAUGGUGCUGGGGAAGUUGCAGGCGGCUUCCAAGUAUGUGGCCCGUUUGAAGCGGAAGCAGGAGAAGUCGGACAAUUCUGGGCUGCCAUGCGAUCUCAGCCAUGGUCGGGAAUUCGGGUUUGGGAAGCUGGACGUUUCACCAGGGGAUGAAUCUUCAAGGAAGAAGAUUGAUGAGCUCAGGGAAGCCAUCAGGAGCGGCCUCGCGAGGCAGAAGCAGCUCGAUCAGAGAAAGUUCGAAUCACAAUUGGAGAUCCCUUCUACAAGCUCGAGCCAGUCUUCUUCAGUAAAUUAUGAUGAAACGAUCGAUUUGGGUCCCGAGAAGAAGGCCAAAGGGUCAAACUUGAUAGCAAAGCUUAUGGGCCUGGAAGAGAUGUCUUCGAAACGGGUACUGAGGAAGUUGCAGGAUGAGAAGAGCUUGCAGCAGCAGAAGCAGCCUGAGUUCAACAUCGAUGUGGCGAAGCUUAAGAAACCCGAGCCUGAAGUUCAGGCUGAUGAGCCCAAUCGAAGGACACUCAAGGAAGUACUCGAGACCAUGCAAUGUAAAGGGCUUCUAAAGAGCAAUCCGAUCAGGAAGGCUCCAGUUUUCUAUGUGGAUGAUGUCCCUCCGAUCGUGCUAAUAAAACCUUCUUGUGGACCACACUUUGAAUCGAGUGGGUGGCUGGAAGGAAAGGAAGCCUCCAGUUCGAUAACAGUAAUGAAGAGUCUGAAAGCAAAUGAGAAGUUCCCAACCAGAAGAAUUAACAGAGAAGUUGUCCAUGAUUCAGAAAGAAUACACGGAAAACCACAACCGAGAGAGGUUGCAGGCAUUGCUUCUUGCGAGAGAAGAGGAUCCACACUCCCAAAAGAGGAAAUCACCAUGCGACAAAGGGAACGAAAUGCUGAGAGAGACUCUAACAAGUCGAGACAUCCUAGUCCUCCAGUUAAAGAGCGAGUUAAGAAAGAAAAGCAUGAAAUGAAAUCUGGGGAGAUUGAAAAGGCGACAAAGAGCAGCAGAAGAUCAUUGGAGAAGGCCAAGUCUAAGGCUAAAAGCACGCAGCAGUCAGUAGAUCAAGUCAAGGCAAAUGCUCCGGUAACAGUAAGGCCGGAGGAUAGUCGGAAUCGUAUGAAGAGGGAUGUUUCUCCUCAACGGACUCGGAGUAGUAGGCAGGAUCAGACAAAGAAGGAAACUUCGCCCCCAGAAGUGCAAAGAAGCAAGAAGACUGCUUCCAAUCGAAGUUGUGGAGACCUUAGAAGAAGCCCUAGAAAGAAACCACCUGCAAACGAGCCUAAGGAGCCCACAGUAGCUGAAUCGGAUAAAAACAAUGCUGCACAAGUGGAAGAUGGCAUGAAGAUUAAUAUCUUUUGUCGAAACGAUCCUGAUAAGCUUGAAACGGGCCCUGGCAAUGAGGAUACACAGUUCACAGUGGAAAUUGCUGUUGCAUCUGAAUCUGGAGUUGCUGACACGGAAACAAUCAGUGGCAUGGAGAAUUCUCCUACUGUUCUUUCUCCCUCAACUGCAGAACUUGGAUCAGAAACCAAUGGCCAAAAAUCAGAUCUGGAAGGGUCUGAAACAGGAGACCACAUAAAAUCUCUACUACUGAGCAGUCCAUCAUUUCUUUCGCAUGCGGAGUAUCUCUCCACAAUCAUUUUGGAUCCUCCUCCUCUCUUGCAAAAGCCGACGGAUGCGGAUUCUUUUUCUCCUAAUGAGAGGCUCCUCAUAGACUAUGCAAACGAAUAUAUAGAGUGCAGAACUGAUAAUGCUUCAACCGAUUCUCUAUUCAUAGUUGGCUUAAGGAACCCAAGAACUCGCAUUUCUCUCGAUAAUUUGUUGGAGGAAAUACUGAAGGAGAUUGAGAAUCUCAGCAGCUACUGCAAGUUUGCAAGCGAUAGCCUUCUCAUGGACGGCCUCUAUGCAAAGUUGCAGAGAGAUUUAUCUUUGCAUCGAGGAGGAGCGGUGAGUAUAUUAUGGGAUGCGGGUUGGACUAAAGGGUUUUGCUCGCAAGAUGUGCAGCAUGUUGUGAAAGAGGUGGAAGAGACUGUCUUAAGCAGUUUGAUCGAAGAAACUCUAAUCGGGCUUGUGCAAUAAGAUCGCUCUGUACACACAAGUGUGCUAUGAUUCUAGACAAUGAAAGGUUUCCAAUUUUUUUAGUUCCCAGAACAUUUGAGGAAUACUCCGACUGGAGAAUAUGACUGGUGUGUUUUUGUAAUCUGAAGCCAUGUAUAGUCUGUUCUGAGGAGAGAAUCAAGGAACAGAAAUGGGACUAGGAGAAGAAAAGGAAGAAUAGGUUCGAAUGAUGUCCGCAAUGGGUGUUGGGGUAACAGCCUCUUGUGUGUAAAUAAAACUGUCCACUGAAAUGAUGAAUAAUGAUCUUCGAGAAUCGAAGUUUCUCUUUGAGAAGUUAGUUUCUAGCAGCGAGUUAUCCAGCUGAAUGCUGAAUUUGUAAGGUUAGCAUCCUCUUUUUUCCGAGCUAGUCUGUUACGAUUCUAUAUAUCGGUCUGCCAGUUAGCUA